AUGCUGACUGGGCUAGGCACCUGGGAGUCCGCCGUGGAGGCGGUGGAGGCGCAGAGCCAACUGCAGAAGAAAAAACGCGGCGGCGGCUUUCAAAGCUUCGGACUGGGCAAACCCCUGCUCGACGCCGUGCUGCGCCUCGGCUACAAUGUGCCGACGCCCAUUCAGCGUAAGGCCAUUCCGCCAAUGAUUCAGGGGAACGAUUUGGUGGCCAUGGCACGCACAGGAUCCGGCAAGACGGCGGCGUUUCUUAUUCCCAUGUUGAAUCUUCUAAAGUCACACAGCAAGACGGUUGGAAUUCGUGGACUCGUACUCUCUCCAACGCGCGAAUUGAGUUUGCAGAUUUUACGUUUUGGUAUCCAGCUGAACAAGUUUCUGGAUCUCCGCCUCGCAGCGCUAGUCGGUGGCAACUCACUCGAGCAACAGUUCGAGCUGCUCGGGUCGAAUCCUGACAUUGUGGUCGCCACACCGGGCCGCCUUCUCCACAUCAUUGAAGAGGCUUCCCUGAAGCUGAGUAUGGUGAGGUGCCUGGUAUUAGAUGAGGCCGACCGUCUGUUUGAGCUUGGGCUGCAGCCACAGAUUGUUGCCAUUAUGCAGAGGGUGCCAGACACGUGUCAGCGGGCACUUUUUUCAGCCACAAUGCCAAGCGUUUUGGCGGAAUUCACUAGCGCAGGACUCCACAACCCUGUAGUCAUUCGUCUGGAUGCCGAAAUGAAGUUAAGUGAUAAACUGAAACAAAGCGCCUUCCUUGUCCGUAACGAUGAGAAGGUGGCCGCGCUGAUCCUGCUUCUUAAGAAGGUGAUCGGCGUGUCGGCAGACAACACGAGCGACGGCAAGGUUCAACAAGCGCUUAUUUUUGUUGAGUCUAAGUUUCACGUGGAUUACUUACAAUUGAUCAUGGAGGCAUAUCAGAUCUCUUGCAGCGCCGUGCAUGGCCAGAUGGACCAGGAGGCGCGUCGUCUUGCGGUGCAGGCGUUUUCAAAGCGGGAAACGCAUGUUAUGAUUGUCACAGACGUUGCCGCACGUGGCCUCGACCUUCCGCUGCUUGACAAUGUCGUGAACUUCUCCUUUACACCCACGCCAAAGUUGUUUGUGCAUCGUGUGGGUCGUGUGGCGCGCGCUGGCCGCUAUGGUGCGGCCUACUCACUCCUCACCUUUGAAGACUUCCCGUACUACGUCGACCUCAUGGCAUUUCUCGAUCGUCCCUUGCAGUGUCGGCGCACCGAGGGUGACUUGCUCUUCACGGCGGAUGACGGCUGCUUUGGCCGUAUGCCAGAGGAAGACUUGCAGCUGGAGCUCGACUUCCUGCGUCGCCUCGCUUUGACGGAUGUGGAGGUGAAGAACAUGGCGAAGGUUGUCGACAACGCACACAAGAAGUUUACACGCACGAAGAAGAAGGCGACGCACGACGGCAUUCAAGAGGCUAGGCAAGAGAAGUACCAAUUCGACAACACACCGCUGCACCCACUUUUUGUAGAGCGACUGGAGGCGAAGCGCAUCAUCGCCGAUGAGGCCCGGUUUAACCUCAAGCGUUUCAAGGCGAAGGAGUCUGUCCUGGAAAUGAUUCACGGCGAAAAGAUGUUUGAAAUUAAAAAGCCUGUGACAAUUCAAACCCUAUGGAAAGAGCAGCAGGGCCACGCGGAAGCAACUAAGCAAGAAGUUCCUGUAGCGGCGGAGGAAGGGAGUUCAGCGAAGGGUAGCAGCGCAGCGUUGACUACAAGAGAUGCGAAGGGGCCGGAAAAGAAGUUAUCACUGGCAGAAAAACUUCUUCUGAAGGCACAAGAACGCAAAAAACGGGGCCGAGAGGAGAUGGAGUGUAAUACCAACGAAGACGAGGGUGUUACAGUGUGCCCUGCGCGAGGUGUGCAUGGUCUGGAGGCGGACUACGGCGUCGGUGGCGGGAACUACCGCGACCAGGAUUAUUUUAUGGAAACCACAAAGCGCAGCACGAUGGAGGACGCGCACUACUCCGUGAAGGACGCAACAUUUGACAUGGGUGCGGAGAGUGCGCAGGAGGCGCAGCAGCAGCGCCAAGUCUUUGCGUGGAGCAAGAAGAAGAAUCGCUUUGUCCGAAUGAAUGUCAACGACGCAAAGGCCAUGUUGCGCGGUGUAAAGAAUGAGUCAGGAAAGGCAGUGAACUUUAAGUCUAAGCUUGAGGCCUACUCACGAUGGAUCAAGAAGAGCAACAUGCGUAUUCAGGACGUCGGGGAGGAGGAGGAUCUCGGCCCCCUCAAUCGUGCCAGGGCCGCCCAAGAGCAGGGCAGCACCGGCUACAACCGUGACGCCGACGAGGAUGAAGACACGGUGGACAUCAGUGACCCAAAUCAGGGGAAGAAACUACGGGUUGGUCGCAAGCAACGCCGUCUGCCAAAGGACGGGCACCUUCGCACCUUUGAGGAGAUGGCGCUCAUCAAACGCAGGGCAGAAAAGGAGAAGGCCCGCUUGUCACGAAAGAAGCAGAAGCGAAAGAGCAAGUAG